UGAAACUUGUCUUGCUGCUUGGUUCUUUCUUUAUUUUAAACCUAACUUCUAACAUAAACACGUAUUAUUAAUAUAAUUAUUCUCGACGUGAGAGUAAGGUUUAACAACAAGCAUGACAGUGAGUUAUUAGUGAAUCUCUGAAAGUUAAAUUUCCCGCUGCGAUGUGCGUGUGAGGCGGGAGUAACGUUAAGGUUUGCUGGAGAAUCUCAGUCCAUGCUAACGUUAAACAAACAUGCAAGUUACAGAUAUCGGGCCCAGAGAAGACGGGAAAAUAUGGCACCGAAAAUUAGUAUCAAAAAACGGCGUUCUGGCCACUGUGAUCCGCAACGCGUCUGCUCGUCAAACCAAGACGGUUCGAUUCCUGCAUGUGGCUUUCGACACCACUGGAGAGUCGUUUCUUGGUGGUGAUCAUCAUGGCAAUAUAUAUGUAUUUGACAUCAGCAGGAACAGAUUCAAGCUAGUCCAGAAAACAGGCCAGGCAUGUACUGCUUUAGCCUUCAACUUAAGAAGAACUACUGAGUUCCUGGUUGCUCUGGCAGAUUACUCCAUCAAGUGCUUUGAUAAAGACACCAGGCAGCUCGUGAGCUGGAUGCGGGGUCAUGAAGGUGCCAUUUCCUCCUUGUCCAUCCAUAGCUCAGGCAGCUUCGCCAUCAGCACGUCUUCUGACACCGCGCAGCUCUGGAGCCUCGACACCUUCCAGAGAAAGAGGAAGCUCAAUGUUCGUCAGUCGGUUGGCAUACAAAAGGUGCUUUUUCUCCCACACAGCAACACGAUUCUCAGUUGCUUUAGCGACGACUCCAUUUUUGCUUGGGAGACCGACACUCUUUUCUGCAAAUAUCAACUGCCUGUUCCACAGGAUGGGCCCAGAAUUCACUACAGGACUUUUGCUGUUACACAAAAUGGAAAAACACUUGCUGCUGCUGGACGCUCCAACCUUGUCCACUUAUGGUGUCUGGACAGUCGGCAGCUCAUCAGAGUAAUUCAGAUGCCUUCAAAUGUCAAGACAGUGAGAUAUCUGGAUUUCCUGCCGGAUAGUUUUGAUGGCGGAUCCAACCAGACUCUGGGUGUUUUAAGCCAAGACGGCAUCAUGCGCUUUGUCAACAUCCAGUCAUGCAAGCAGCUCUUUUUAAUCGGAUCCCAUGAGGAUGCAAUCAGCUCUGCUACUGUUUGUCCUAAAGGUCACCAUAUUGUAGCAGUGAUGGACAGUGGAGCUAUUAAAAUCUAUGAUGUGCGAAGUCUUACCACAGAAAUCAGUAAGCCUCCUCAGCCUUUGCUGAAACGGGUCACUAAAGUUAACGUCAGUGAUGGAUCAUGUCUGAAAAUGAAGGUGAACACUGGGGCAGGUCAGCGCGCUGUGAAAACAUCAGGACGCAGAAUCCAAUCCAAACUUUUACCAACUUCUGUUUCUACUCUGGAUGACAAAGAGAAUGACUUGCCUAAUGGCCUAAGCAAGAAAAGACUACAAGCGUUACUAAGAGAGUUUGGCGAGUACCCAGCAAAAUACAGGAUGUUUAUUUGGCGUUCCCUGUUGCGUUUACCUGAGAACCAUGCAGCUUUCAGCAGCUUGACUGAUAAAGGCCUGCAUUCAGCUUACCUGUGUCUUCAGGAGCAGUAUCCCAUCAAAAGCCACAAACUACAGAGAGGCCUGCAGAGAGUGUUGUCUGCUCUCGCUCACUGGGCUGCAGUCUUCGGUGAGACUGAUUAUGUUCCCCUGCUGGCCUUCCCGUUCGUCAAGCUGUUCCAGAACAAUCCUCUGAUCUGCUUUGAAGCAGUGGCCACUGUCAUUGUGAACUGGUGCCAGCACUGGUUUGAGUAUUUUCCCAACCCUCCGCUUAAUGUGCUGAGUCUGGCUGAGAAUGUGCUGGCCCAUCAUGAUAAAGAGCUGCUUCAGCAUUUUGUUGCCUGUGGCGUUACCUCACAGCUGUAUGCGUGGCCUCUUUUAGAGACUUUGUUCUCUGAGGUCCUGAUGAGAGAAGAGUGGCUGAAGCUGUUUGACAAUGUUUUCUCCAAUCAUCCCUCAUUCCUGCUAAUGGCUGUGGUGGCGUAUGUCACCUGCUGCAGAGCACCGCUACUGCUCUGCACUGACAAGAGAGAUUUUGAGUACUUUUUCCAUCAUCGCAAUAGUUUGGACAUUGGAGCUAUGCUGAAGGAAACCUAUCGGUUGAUGGACAGAACCCCUGCCGACAUCCAUCCUAGCUCUGCGCUGAAUGAUUUUAAACCUCUGACUCAGGGCCAGUAUCCUGUCUUCAACAAAUACCCCACAUUCAUAGUGGAGUACCAGUCCCAAGAACGCGAGAGGAUCCGCCAACAAGAAGUGGAAUAUCUGAGAGAGAGACAGGAGGUUCAGAAGCUGCAUGCUGAGGCAGUCAGACAGCAGGCUGAGUUUGAGGCCUGGUAUAAACAGCAGGAGCUGCUUCUGCAAGGAGAAGAGCAACGGAGACUAAUCCUGCAGGAAGAGGAGAGUAAACUCGCACAACAGAGAGCCAGAUUGGCCGCCAUGAAGCGCGAGCUGAAGGUGAAGGAACUCAGUCUGAUUGAUUCUUCUAGAAGACGUUUCCUUAAGCACCAGCAGGAUCAGCGCAGAGUACAGCUCAAGAGACUUGAUGAUGAGAUUCAGAGAAAGAUGGCGCUGCGCGAUCAGGAGACAGCGGUCGCCGUUCAAGAUAUAGAAGUCAGACAGAUGGAACUUGAUGCCCAGAGACAACUGUUUGAACAGCAACUGGCCAGAGAGCAAGAGCGAGUGAGUCAAGAGGUGCAAACAGAGGUGGAUACGAGGAGCCGAAGAGCUGAGGCUGACCAUUAUACAUUUCAAAACCUCAUUCACGCAGAUGCAGAUAUCAGCCAGAAAAACCAGAAGAUGCUGGUGGAGGAGUCUCUUGCGGACGCAGGGCAGAUGGAGGUGGAUGCUGAUUGGCAGGCUGAGGUGAUCAAGAGACUGGAAGAGGCAAAGGAAAGGCAGGAGAAACAAAGAGAGAGACUUGUGAACCUCGGCAAACAAACUCGCGCUAAAGUGGAUAAAGUAGUCCAAUUAAUGCAGGAAGUGGAAGGAAAGCAGUGGGAUGAUGUAGUAGCCAAACAAGCCGAACGUGAGGACGAAAGACGGGCGGCCACUUCUGUUAACGCACAGGAGGAUUCACUGAAUCCUCAGAAAGAAAAGAGACGUAGAUCUCCUUGCUCAUCCAGAGGGCUUCUGUACAAACCCACUGACAUUUCUUCAAACAAUCAGUCAGACUUUUCUAUAGAUCGCGGCCGAGGGGAGCUGGACUCAAAGGAAAGGGAGUUGAUGCAGGAAAUCAGAGAACUGAGGAUGAAAUUAGCAGCCAGAGCCAGAGCGACUGAUUUUCUCUCACCUUCAGCCAGCUCCAUACAUUCACACUGACCACACUGGUCUGUGGACUGACAAUGUGUUUUCUUUUUAGUUUCUUUUUAUUCAUAUUUUUAAGGUAAUUGUCCUGUUAUAUAUAUAAUUUUUUUAUGUUUUUCUAUUUAAGAAUGGAAAAUGUGUCUUAUGGAGUGUAA